ACAAUUUUAUUUGUUAAAUUAAUCUGUUUUGGGAUCAAAGCGAAAGGUAAAUUGUCGAAUAUAAUAACCUAAGUUUGAAAUUAAGUAUAACUUAAUGUAACAUCAUAAACACUCCGGUUUAAUACAAGGUAGUUAGAUAACAGACAACAUUCAGUUCCUCAUCUUUGCGUUACUUGUUAACACUUCCGUAAUUGUAUAAUUCAUUUGCAUACCUAUUAACUAUAUAUAGCAUAUGUUUAAUUUCGCAUUUUCAUAAAUUUGCCCGGUGCCUCAACAAUACCCAGCAUCAGUUAGCGAUGUUUCUCCGAGGAUUGGUUGUUUCCCGGAAGUUAUUGUUGACAGCAACAUUUGAUUAGGUCAACAGUUGCUGCGUUGAUUUUUGUAUCAUGUUGUAUUUUGUCGAUUCUAAACUUAGGUGGAAAUAAUUUCUCAACCGAUUAGGUUUGUGUACUAUUACACAGGUUUAGAUUAGUUAUAUAGCGAGUUUUGUCGUGGUCUGCUUUCAGAGUGCAUUUUGUAGAAUAACGUUACGCUACAGGCUAACUUACGUUAGCAAUCAAAAUAGCUAACGCGUCAACAAACAAUCGUGAAGCGGGAUAUUUAAAAUAUCGAAUUACUAAACAAAAGAACACCAAUGGUUGUUAAAAUACAGUAUCUAUUACAAGAUCCCAUGGCAAGUAAAACUUAUGUUAUGUGUAAUGCAUGGCCGGCCUCGGUGGUAUCAUUAAAAUUAUAGUAACCAAACCAUGUAAAGUAAUCUGCUGGCUUUAUGACAUGUACUACUAGCUAAUAGGUUGGGUGUCUGCGAGUUGAUGAGAUAUGGCUCAUACUGUUCUGAGCGAAUCUGACCUUCCGAAAUUUGCAAAUAAUAUAAACCUUGAUGAAUCCACUUCAAGUUCUGACGCUGGGGACGUGUUGAUUCGUGCAACUAGGAUUCACUAUCCUGAGCAGAGCUAUGAUAGUAAAAGAGACAAUGUAAAGAUAACAGUAAAUAAGUUGCGUGAUUUUGCCCAAUCCCCUUUACUUGACAAGCCACCAAACACUGAAAAGCAGAAUCAGACAAGGAAACUAGUACAUAGGAAUAUUCCCCCUGCCAUGCAAGCAAACCUGCCAUCAGUUUUAAGCUCAGAUGGAAAUAAAGCAUGCAUAAAGAGUCAGAGAAAAAGAUACCCAGAGAAAGAAUCCAAAGUGCCUUAUAUAGAUAUGAAAGUGACACGUCCUCCCUCUGGUCAUCAAAAGGGCAGCAAGGACAAUGGCCAAGAGCUGUUAAUAUCCCGAUAUGCUGUGGGUGGCAAAGAGGCAGUUUUGGCAGCUCUUAAACAGAGAUCUCAGACGGCCCCCUUGAGGCGGGAGGUGAAAGUGCAGUUCCUAGACCAGAGGCCAGCACCGAGCCUAGAAAGGCAGCCUGCUUCAGUCCUGUCAGGGGACCAGGGAACAGCCUCCACUGCAGCUGUUCUGACAGCUGCAGCCAUUGCCGCCACAGCCCCGCUCCUCAAGGCUCAGAGUGACAUGGAGGUGCGAGUCACCCAGGUGUCGGAUGAGCUACGGAGGCUGGUUGAGUCAGACUGGUGCCCAGGUAAAGUUCAGGAGGCCAGGGCUUCAGGAAGGGUGAUCCAGCUUGAGGAGCAGCUAAAUGCCCUAACCCAGCAGAGACUGCAGCACCUGGAGUGGGUCCAGAGCCAACAGAUGGAGUUGCAGAACCGUCUCCUGGGCUCUGCUCUGGGUCUAGUGACUGCCCCUGUGUCCACGCCCUCCAUGCCAAACACGGGCCCGGCUGCACCUGUGCUUCCAGAACCUCAGGCUACACUGGACCCGUCCAGUCACGUUCACGAACCAUCCAGGCAGUGGAGAGGAGGGGGUAAGAGCCCCCUGGAGACCCCAGCUCCUCGCAGGGUCAUCCCAAAGCCCACAUGCUGGAACACCUCCAAAACCCAUGACAGUACACAGCAGCUCUGCUCCAACACACAGAAAACACCUGGCCCUGCUCAAGGAAAUGGCAGACUUCCGACGGCCAUCCCUGACAACAGCAGCAGCAGCUUGGCAACCAGAAGCACGCAGCAAUCUCUUACUGGGGUUGCUAUAGCAACGCCAGCCGACGGCUGCCAGCGACUGGCGCGAUCCAGGGAAGGCCAACAUCAGCAGCAGGUCUCAGAUGUUCCCUCUGGAGUCAGAGAGCUGGUCACUGCCGAAUUGGUGAAGCACUGUAACACAAAGCACCAAGGACACCAGCCUGGCCUCACACCAUCCUCUGGCGUUCCUGAACCACCCAGCUCAGCCGUAAAGCGAGCCAAUGAUAUGCUUCAGGACCUGGGACGAUUCAGAACAGAGAUGCAGACCCUGCUGCAGGCUGGCGUUGCCCUUCCUGCCGUGGACAGCAGAGAGACGUUCAGAGAGAAAGCAUCAGCCCAGACCAGCAACGCCACGAGCGCUGGCGCCGGCAGAGGCAUCCACAACAGCAAGCCGCCCACCACGCACCCGCCUCUUCCCUGCGUCUCCAUGCAGUCUCAGGAAGAUGUGGUCCUCCGUCCUGGCCUUGCUCCUUCCCGGCACUCCCUCACCCUGCAGCAGAAGAGCCAGCCGUGCCCAUCCAUGUUUGAGGAUGCUGAGAGGGUCCUCCGGCAGGUCAGACUGCACAAGAAGACGCUGGAGGAAAAUCUGCAAGCCAUGCUGAGGGCUAAAGAUGGAGAGACUCUGCACUCCCAGUUUGAGGCUCUCUCCUGCAACAGGGACACUACAAAAGAGGUCAGGAUUAAGAAGACCGUGGAUGCAUGGAUCAAUGCUCUGAGUGAGGAUAUCCAGGUCGAUAUUGCAAUGGAAGACCUUGUUUCCCAGAGGAGAGCUAAAGUCAAAGGGUCUACGGCUGCUGCCAUACCAUUAGCCAAAGAAAGAGGGACCAAGAAAGACUCCACCACCUUCAAGCACAGAGGGGUGAAGGGCAGGAUCCAGACUGGUGGGCCACCCAGUCCGGGAGCAUCCAGAGGACAGACGGUGAACACUGAGGGGUUGGACAAGGAACACACCCCUGAUCGCAAUAGUUGGUGUGGAGAGAUCAAAUCUGGACAGGACGCUGAAAGUUAUUUGGUGACUCUCUACGGCAAGGCUUUAUACGAAGGCCGUAGGAGGACACUAAAGAAAGGGCCCUACCUUCGUUACACCUCUCCCUCCCCCAAGUCCAAAGCUCCGCGGCCGAGGGUGGUUGAGAGUGUGCGAGGGGUGAAGAUGAAGUCAUCUAAGACGCAGACCUCUCUCCCGGCUGGGCGGUCAGUCUCAACCCCCAUGUGCGCCGCAGCGCCUGCUGAACCUCAGUACAUCUUCAGCCCGACCCGUGGGGGAGCCCCGGACCACCCCGGGACCCUGCUAAAGGGCUACCUCAUGCCUGUGGCCAUCCCGCUGGGCCAGCCCAGAGUGGAUGGUUUUGCCCCCCAGCCUUCCUGUGUCUUAGUCAGUGACCGUCCGUUGGUGGUGACCCCCUCCGACCCACCCAGACCGGCCCGUGCCUCCUGGGAACCCAACGCGGCCCUCCUAGAGGUGAAGUCCGACCGGGUGAGGAGACGACCUCAGCUCCAAAUCCAAGUCCAGCCCAGUGUGAGCAUCCAACCAUCAUCCCCGAGCUCCAGCCCGAGUCCUGUUGCCCCUGCUGACCCGCCUCCAGACACACAGCCUGUGGAGGGGAAGCAUGAAGAACAGUGGGGCGAUGAUGAGGCAGAGGACAAUGGUUUCCCCGGAACACAUUUCCUGGAGGUUGCUGACAUUACCCAGGAUCCCAAGGACGUUGAAGCUGAGGAGGUGUUAGAGGGUCCAAUAGAGCUGAACGGUCGGGCCUCUCCUCCAGCUGCCAUGUACCACGGUCCCGCAUUCCCCUUCUACCCAGUGGACUCCCUACCCCCCCAAGACCCGGUCCUCAGCUCCAUCCAGCACAGAGCCACCCUGGAGAACAGGCUGGUUGACUGGGUGGAGCAGCAGCUGAUGGCCAGGAUGAUCUUAGAGAUGUACCGCCCCCCCGUUUCUGACCCCGCCCAGGACCCAAGCCCCGCCCACUCCGAGACGCACGGCAGCGUUACCUCAGACAUAGUGGAGGCCGCGGGUGGAGAGGGCCUGCAGCUGUUUGUGGACGCCGGCGUUCCUGUGGACUCGGAGCUGAUCCGACGCUACGUGAACGAGGCCCUGGCAGAGACUGUGGCCCUGAUGCUGGGGGAAAGAGGAGCGGAUCCACCUGUACCUCCAGCCAGCUCUCAGGAUCCAACACCAUGCCAGGAGCCCUUGGUGCCAACCCCGGUGCCAACCCCAGAACCCAGUGUCAGCCCAGGGUCCCCCAGCCGAGGACUGUCCCCACUGGCCACGCCGCAGACCUCAGAGUGGGGAACCCCAGAGCAGUCUCCCAGAGAGACCCAGCCACCUGACACCCACACCUCCACUCCUCCAGAGCCAGUAACAACCCCCGUCUCCACUCCAGUCCCCACCAACCUGGCGGUUUCCCCGUCCUCUGAGCCUCCUGACCCCUGGGGACAAUCCUCACUGCCCCUGGCUGAAGAGCAGCCCCACAGCCCUGCAUUGGAGCAGAAGGAGCACGACAAGCCACUAGUGAUGUCAGUGGCUGAGGAGGAGCCUGAUUGCGUGGCCUCCCCAGUUCCACCUGUUCCCUCCGGCCCCCAGACCUUACACCAACCCCAACCUACCCCACCACCCCCACACCCACCUGGGCCCCAGACCCCCUCCUCCUCCUCCUCCUCCUCCUCCUCUUCAUCGGAGGAGAGCAGCAGCGGUAGUUCCACAGUGACUGAGACGGACACGGCGCAUAGACACAUCUCAGAGGGAGAGCUCCUGCUGAGUUACAGCCAGGUGGCAGCCGCACGAUUGUUUGAGGAGGAGGGCUGCUAUGUUCCCUAUGGCGUCAACAGCUUCUGCAGUUCACUGCAUGAGGUUCAGGACAUGGACUAUGACCCACCGAGUGAAGGUCAGGUCAGGAUGAAUGUGAUUCCCACCCACCACGACCCCUUCCUCGCGCUAUUGGCUAAGAUGGACCAGGGUGUCGUCAACCAGGCCCGCCCUGACCCGGAGGGGUCCUGGGAGGAGGAGGAGGAGGAGGAGGGGGAGGUCAGCGAGGGCCAGAGACCCAGACUGCGCCCAGCAGGGCAGAGGCAGCAGAAAGGACGCUCCCUUACGGCCCAGCCCAGGACAGGGAGCGUGGGAGAGCCCCAGCCCAGCUCCAGGCAGGGACACAUCUCCUCAGGACGGCUCACCCUGCAGUCUGGAGCCUCGACAAGCUACCAGGACACCCAACGGCCGGUUCGUAUAGGAGCCCUGGAUGUGGAGCAAGAGAUGCCAGCCCCCCCUCACCCGGACCCCUCAGUAUCACCUCCGCCGCCACGGGAAUCCAUCUCCCAGAGCACACCAAAGUCAGCCGGGUUGUCCAGGCUUCCCUCCCGCAGACCCGCUCCUAUCCUGGUCCGAAGGUUUCAAGAGACCAACGGAGAGCCGGCAGAUAUACCAGGGGAGCAGGCCCAGCUGUGUUCCAGAGCGGUGGCUGUCCGCCUGCCCUCCAGCGGCCCGGAGGAGGAAGAGGAGGUCUCUAUCAGUCUGGGGCUCAGCACCAAAGGAGGAGAAACCGGAGACACAGACUCGUCAGGGAAUGAUGUGUUCUAGUGCAGCCGAGCUGCUGUAGUCAUUAUUGAGGCAUCACAGAGGUUCCAUUAAAACGUCCCACCACCUCCAUCUCCUUCCCAUCAGAGGAUCGAUGGUGGCCCUACUAAAGCCUCAUUACCAGAUCUGAAGAGUGUUGGGCACCAAGAAAUCCUCUGACUGAUGAAAUAUUCACUUCUGUAACAAGUGAUGUGUUUGGACCAAAUUACCUUUCAGAUAAUCAAUGUAUUUUAAAUAGAAAUAACCAAUUAUUUAGUGUCUUUUUUACUGUUUUCUAA